AGUCAAGCGGGAGCUCUGAGGACGCGCAUGCGCAGUUGGUACACGUGGCAUUUCCUGUGGAAGCUCGCUCUCGCCCGUACUGGAAACGCGUCCGUCAGGAUUUGUUUUAUCGGGAUAUUUAGUUUCAGCGUUUGGGAGGUUGUUUCCGCUCCGGACGGUUUCGGUUGAGGCACACAGCGGAAGUGGCGCCAUUGCUGUGUGUCGUGGCUGUGAUCAGUGAGCGGAGUCUCUUCUCUCGACUCUCCUCCAACAUUCACCUGUUCAGCAGCGGAGGAAAGACCCGCACUCACCUGUACACACGCUCGAGAAAUUCCACGGCCCGGAUAUGUCCUUCAUAUUUGACUGGAUCUACAGCGGUUUCAGUAGCGUUCUGCAGUUCCUAGGGCUGUACAAGAAGUCUGGAAAGUUAGUAUUUCUUGGCCUGGACAAUGCUGGCAAGACGACACUACUGCACAUGCUCAAAGAUGACAGACUGGGUCAGCAUGUGCCGACCUUACACCCCACCUCAGAGGAGCUGACGAUCGCUGGCAUGACCUUCACCACCUUUGACCUGGGUGGCCACGCUCAGGCUCGACGCGUGUGGAAGAACUACCUCCCGGCCAUCAACGGCAUCGUCUUCCUGGUGGACUGCAUAGAUCACCCCCGCCUGGCCGAGUCCAAAACAGAGCUUGACGCGCUCAUGACAGACGAAACCAUCGGGAACGUGCCCAUCCUGAUCCUCGGCAACAAGAUCGACAAACCCGAGGCCAUUAGUGAGGAGAAGCUGCGUGAGAUCUUCGGACUGUACGGCCAGACGACAGGAAAGGGCAACAUCCCGCUCAAAGAGCUGAACACGCGGCCGCUGGAGGUGUUCAUGUGCAGCGUCCUGAAGAGACAGGGCUACGGCGAGGGCUUCCGCUGGCUCUCUCAGUACAUCGACUAGAGGAAGUACGGCCGUCUGACAGCACCACUCUCGUCCCGCCUUCACACAUCGACUCCGACAGACUGUUAUCGUUCAGUUCAACUGCUUCUUUCUCACUUUAUUUCUUACCAGCAGUGAUUCUGCAGAUCUGGUCAAUUCAAAACAAUGCAUCAGUUUUAUAAACUCUGUAAUUUGACAUUUCUUUCCGUUGGUUUGUUUCUGUUCUUCAGUAAAUGAUUCUUCAUGUGUCUCGCAACACCACGUCAGAGCUGAGAGUAAUGUACACAGAUCACAUGACAUCCUUUAGACAGGAAGUGCUGUUUCUCACUUCCUGUCGUGUGAGGCCACAGUCCUCAGGCUUUAAGAUGAAGUUGUGACUGUCUGUUGAUACGCAGUCCGCUGAUGUGGCCAUCUUGAGUUGCAUAUCUGUUUGUUGUUUUUCCAAAAAAUAUUGUACUGCCACAUUUGGAAACUCAUUCCCAAACGUGCUGUAAACCGAUAGAGACCAAUAGAUGUUUUUCUUUUUAAUACGACUUGGAAUUUGAGAGGCACGGCAAUAAACCUCAGCGUAACGGGCGAAUAUCAGUACUGGACACGCGUGUCUCAGAGUUCAGAGGUCAGCGCGCCUCUCGCACAAACACAGAUUCUAAUUAACCGCUAAUGACUAGUAACGAGAUAUCCAGAUCCUGAUGUUUAACAGAGCUGGCCUUGAACAGACGGCGCAGGACAGCUGUUAAUCGCUCACAUGGACAAAAUGUAAUUUAUGUAAAUGCCGUAUAUGGAUUUUUUUAAAGCUGUCCUCGAAUAGCUCUUAAUUUGAAUAACAUGGAUGAAAAAACAUUAUGCAUGCCUUGUUCCAUGAUUAUUAUUAAUUUUUGUUAGUGUUUUUUUAAGGAAACACAUAAUAUAGUGUAAAACAUUGGGAACGGGGUGAGAGGCCAGGCCGCAGUCUUCGAGCUCUUUCUAUGGAAUGACACACGGAUGCGGUUCAUUUCCUGUGCUGUCCCUCCAUGCAUCAUUCCAUGAGCCGGUCCAUCUAUGACAGAUACAGUUGUUUCCAUCAGAAAUUGUAAUAAAUGUUUGCAAUUAAAGCAAGCCAUGUUGAGCUCACUUCUUUUGCUGAAUGAAAUAAAUAUUUUGGAUGUC